GGUCGCAGGGCAAUUAGUGUUGGGCUUGGGGAUGAGAAGGGUGGAUUCAGCCCUCACCUUAUGUACCAGAUAAGCGUUUUGGGCAGCGGGGGGGAUAUAAUCUGUGUGAUGCUGGGGCGGUGAAAUAUGCCUGCGGGGCUCGGUGGCUGGCGGGAAGGAUACCUGGACUGGAGCAUUUAUGGGUAGUUUCAGGUUGUGGGGCAGAUACAUUGUUAGGGAAGGGCAGGUGAGUCCACGAUGAAUGCUGGAGCAAAAGGCAGCAGUGCUGGGACAGUAUUCGGUACAGAUAUGGAGCAGGCAGGAGAGGAUUGGAUCGGACAUCUGACUUGUUCCUACGAGGGACUCAGCAGCUGGGCACAGCAAUGCUGGGAAAUGACGGACAGAUCAUGUCUUCUGCUGACCCCAUCCCCAUGCUUCUCAGCAUCUCUUCCGAGGCUCGGCCCCUUCAGCAUCACACACUGUUUACACUGCUGACAUAGGGGGCUCCCAGCUCUUCCUCCUCUUUGUUAUCAAUUACUCCCAGACUCUCCUGGAAAUACAGAGUUAAUGCCACUGUCUCCUCUUCUUCCUCCAAGUGGGACAUCUGCUGUUUAUUUGGACUUGGCAUGUAUUCUUGGGUUAUUUCUCUGCCCUAUUGGUGGGCUGUGGACCCCCCUUUCCUGCCUCAGACAAAUUCUGGGCUAAAACUACAGUAAUUGUUCCCCUUUUCCUGUAUUUGCCAAAUUCUAUUUCAUUUUUCUAAUUAAAGGAUUUGUUGCCAAUACCCCACUAGGCUGAUAACUGAUUGAAACGUGGAUAUAAUUCCUGCCAGGAUUUAGCUGACGUCUGCCAUAUGCUUUGGAAGGGAGUGGUAUUUUUUUGGGUCUGUUUCAGAAUUCAUACAUCUCCCAUGUAACAUCCAGGAAUGCUGUGCACCUUGCUUCAGUAUCUGGGACUAGAAUAGGCGGGAUGUUUAAGUUGCUGCUGGACCCUACAUACAUAGAAAUGAAGACCCAAAAAACUGACUGACCAGAUCUUUUGGAUUACAAAUUGGAUGUGCUUUUGGCUCCAUAGGAUGGGAUGGAUAUGGUUUUACCUUUGGCUAGGAUUUACUGUUCCACUAUGUAACCCAAGCAAAGAGGAAGUGGGUGGCACAGGAUUUGAACAUGUCUAGGUCUAACAGUGUGAGCCCGCCAGAGUUUGGCGUCCCUGUGCUCCGAGCAGGCACAGACCACAGAUCAGCCUGGGGAGAAUUGGAGUCCAGGGCUAAUGGGUAUCAGUAUUCCAGCAGAUCCUCCAGAAAAAAAACCUCUCGGAUGAUGGGUUCGUGGCAGAGCGAUGAAGACUAUGAGCCACAGCAGGGGAACCACUCUUCACGGGACAGCAAGGUGAAAUUCAAGUCCAAGUCUGCUUGGCAAGCUCAAGAGGAGGAGGUUCGUAACAACAACAAACCAGACCCACAGAGCCAGAAGCCUCAGGACACAGAGUUACGGCCCAAAUCUGUGGAACUUGGCUUGGAUGAAAAAAAGGGUAAGUUUAAAGAGGAAUUGGUGGACGAUGGGUCUGAAUUCCAUUUCUCAGUGGGGGUGUGCUGCGGCAGCAUCCUACAGAUCUUCAGGUCCAAGAAAUUUCAUUCUGACAAACUAGAGAGGCUCUACCAACGCUACUUCUUCCGUCUGAACCAGAGUAGCCUCACCAUGCUCAUGUCUGUGCUCAUUCUGGUCUGCCUGGUCAUGUUAUCUUUUCACUGCAUCCUGGAGGAGUACCAUGUCGCUUAUGUGGUGGUCCUGUCUGUGGCUAUCCUCAUCAUCAUUGUACUCAUAGCCAUUUGCAACCGCAACAGUUUCCACCAGGACUACAUGUGGAUCGGCUGCUACACUGUCAUCCUGGUGCUCUUUAUGGUACAAAUCGUUGGGGUUCUACUGCUGAGACCCCGCAGCGCCUCCGAUGGAAUUUGGUGGACCGUAUUCUUUAUCUACACAAUCUACACAUUAUUACCUGUCCGCAUGAGGGCUGCUGUGAUCAGUGGGAUUAUUUUAUCAGUCAUCCACCUUGCCAUUUCCAUCAAGACCAAUGACAGCGAUGAGUUCUUAUUCAAGCAGCUGGCUUCCAACAUCCUCAUCUUCUCCUGCACAAACAUUGUGGGGAUCUGCACGCACUACCCUGCAGAGGUUUCCCAAAGACAAGCAUUCCAAGAGACCCGAGAGUGUAUUCAAGCCCGACUGCACUCACAGAGCGAGAACCAGCAACAGGAGCGACUCUUGUUGUCCGUGCUUCCACGACAUGUUGCUAUGGAGAUGAAGGCCGACAUUAACGCCAAGCAGGAAGACAUGAUGUUCCACAAGAUUUACAUCCAGAAGCAUGACAAUGUGAGCAUCCUAUUUGCUGAUAUAGAGGGAUUCACAAGCCUGGCAUCUCAGUGCACCGCACAGGAACUGGUCAUGACUCUAAAUGAACUCUUUGCCCGAUUUGACAAACUGGCAGCUGAGAAUCACUGCUUACGGAUAAAGAUUUUGGGGGACUGUUAUUACUGUGUAUCAGGAUUACCGGAAGCACGUGCAGACCACGCUCAUUGCUGUGUGGAGAUGGGACUGGAUAUGAUAGAGGCAAUAUCGCUUGUUCGAGAAGUGACCGGGGUGAACGUAAAUAUGCGAGUAGGUAUUCACAGCGGCCGCGUUCAUUGUGGCGUCUUGGGGCUGCUUAAGUGGCAGUUUGACGUUUGGUCGAACGAUGUGACACUAGCCAAUCAGAUGGAAGCUGGAGGCAAAGCAGGUCGCAUUCACAUCACAGAGGCAACACUAAACUAUCUGAAUGGAGACUAUGAGGUGGAACCAGGUACUGGAGGGGACAGGAACAUGUACUUAAAGAAACACAACAUAGAGACCUUCUUGAUAGUGCGCUGCAGCCAGAAACGGAUAGAAGAAAAGGCCAUGAUUGCAAAGAUGAGCCGACAGCGUACUAACUCCCUAGGCCAAAAUCCAGCCCACUGGGGCAUGGACCGCCCAUUCUACAACCACAUUGGAUCAAAUCAAGUCUCCAAAGAAAUGAAAAGGAUGGGAUUCGAAGACCCUAAAGACAAGAACACACAGGAGAACAUAAACCCAGAAGACGAGGUGGAUGAAUUUUUGGGUCGAGCUAUUGAUGCACGGAGCAUUGACCGUCUGCGCUCAGAGCAUGUGCGAAAAUUUCUUCUCACUUUCCGGGAACCCGACCUGGAGAAAAAGUAUUCCAAACAGGUGGACGAUCGUUUUGGAGCAUAUGUCGCUUGCGCUUUCCUUGUCUUCCUCUUUAUCUGCUUUGUUCAGAUCACCAUUGUGCCACAUUCCACCUUCAUGCUGGGCUUUUAUCUGGCCUGUUUCCUGAUUCUUACUACAGUCCUGGCCGUCUCUCUUAUCUACACCUGCAUCAAGCUUUUUCCAUCCCCCCUUCAGACAUUGUCCAGAAAGAUUGUCCAGUCCAGAGCCAACAGCACAGCCGUGGGAAUCUUUGCCAUCAUCCUGGUCUUUCUCUCCUCCUUUAUUAACAUGUUCCUGUGCAGCACUGUGAAUCUGUGCAACUGUGUCGCCUCUGAAUACAGUAUCCCUGUGGCCAACGUGACACCUUGUCUGCUUAGGAAUCUGUCCCUGAACUACAGCCUGGCCACUCCAAGUGGGUUCUGUGGGGAUCCAGCUCCAAACUGCAUCUUCCCAGAGUAUUUCACCUAUUGCAUCCUGUUGAGCCUCCUUGCCUGCUCUGUGUUCCUUCAGAUCAGCAGUAUUGGGAAGCUCAUAAUCAUGUUCAUCAUUGAGCUGAUCUACGUCCUUAUUGUGGAGAUUCCGCAGGUCACACUCUUUGAUAAUGCGGAUUUGCUUGUGGCUGCCUAUGAUAUCCAGUGGGCUGGUUCCGCAGUUAACUGCACAGGAGGGAUCACCAGGGUGCCCCUGAAGAUUGUCACCCCCAUAAUCCUAACAGUGUUUGUGCUGGCGCUGUAUCUCCAUGCUCAGCAGGUGGAAUCCACCGCACGGCUAGACUUCCUAUGGAAGCUGCAGGCCACGGAGGAAAAGGAAGAGAUGGAGGAACUUCAGGCCUACAACAGGCGGCUGCUUCACAAUAUCCUUCCGAAGGAUGUGGCGGCUCAUUUCCUGGCGCGGGAACGACGCAAUGAUGAGCUCUAUUACCAGUCCUGUGAGUGCGUGGCCGUCAUGUUCGCCUCCAUCAGCAACUUCUCAGAGUUCUACGUGGAACUUGAGGCCAACAACGAGGGUGUGGAGUGUCUGCGACUCCUUAACGAGAUCAUUGCUGACUUUGAUGAGAUCAUCAGCGAGGAUGAUUUCCGGCAGUUGGAGAAGAUCAAGACAAUUGGCAGCACGUACAUGGCGGCCUCAGGGCUCAACGACUCAACGUACGACAAGGUGGGGAAGUCGCACAUUAAAGCUCUGGCGGAUUAUGCAAUGAGAAUGAUGGAUCAGAUGAAAUACAUAAAUGAGCAUUCCUUCAACAACUUCCAGAUGAAGAUCGGGCUGAACAUCGGACCGGUAGUCGCAGGAGUUAUUGGAGCAAAGAAGCCACAAUAUGACAUUUGGGGAAACACUGUUAAUGUGGCCAGUAGGAUGGACAGUACCGGGGUGCCAGAACGAAUCCAAGUGACGGCAGAUCUCCAUCAGGUCCUGGUGGCCAAUAAUUACAAGCUGGAGUGCAGGGGAGUGGUUAAAGUGAAGGGCAAGGGGGAAAUGAUGACCUAUUUCCUAAACAGCGGGCCCUCCAUCAGUUAGCCGACAAGGAGAGACUAUGCCGAGCAAGAGGGGUUUGUAUUAGCCAUGCCGAGCACUGCCCACAAGGAUUCCAACAGCCAAAACCUACCCAAGGGAGGGCGUGGCCAAUUCGUUAAAUGACCAAAGAUAUAACAUCUACCUACCUUGUGUGGAUAAAGGAGAGGACUAAAGGAUUGAGGACGCUGGGACUUAAUUUAUUUAUUGAUAUAUUCCUCCAUAAAGGAAACCAAGGAAUGUAUUAUGGCUGCACUUUGCACACAGUAUCAAGGAUAUUUAUAUAUUUACUGAUGGUAACGUGGCCUUGUGGAUAAAGUGUCUGUUAACAGACUGGACUCGUGACCCCGAUGGUGGGACUUCAGUACAAUUCCGCCCACAUGGAGACACGUUAGCAGCACAAGACUCAGAGAGACCAAACGCACGGCUUUAUUUUGUACAUUUUAUCUUUUUUUGUAAUAUCUGAGUGAGAAUCCAACGAAUACACAGAUUCUAUAUUUUGUACAUUG